AUGGCUGCCGCGUUGCAAUUAGUUGCCCUUGUCGCGGGUCUUGCGGGAGCAUCACAGGUCGUUCUGUCUGAAGAACCGGCCGUAGGAAACGUCGCUUAUGUCCUCCCCACAGAGCGCACGUUUCUACUCAAUAUACCGACCACGUACUCACAUGAUGAACAGUAUCCUCUUGUUUUGUCUUUCCAUGGAGCCGGCGGUUUCAGUGAGAAGCAGCAAAGAGUCACUGAGCUAUCUGAUCCAUCGCUAAGCAUCGGAGGAAAGCCAUUCCUUACAGCGUACGCGCAAGGCGUAAAUAACACAGAAUGGAACAUGACACAUAUUUGGAAAGGAGCGCCUUAUGAGAACACGACCGUCGAUGAUAUCGCGUACGUCUACGAUAUCCUCUCCACCGUAUCCUCGACCUACAACAUCGACAAGUCGCGCAUUUAUGCCUGCGGCAAGUCCAAUGGCGGGGGCUUCACCGCGCUCCUGGCCUGCCGCCCCGACACCUCGUCCGUCUUCGCGGCCUUCGCGCCCGUCUCGCCGGCGCUGUACCAGGGCACGUACGCCUUCUACAACUGCACGCCCUCGCGGCCGGUGCCGAUCCUGCACUCGCACGGGGUCGAGGACCGCAUCACCGAGUUCCUGGGCCGCGACCCGCUGGGCGGCUCCUUUGGCCCGGAGCCCGACGCCCGCCUGUGGCGCCGGCAGUGGGCGGAGCGCAACGGCUGCGCGGGGCGCUACGCGGGCGCGUGGCCGGAGCCGGACUCGGUCGCCGAGGUGCACCCCGGCGCGUGGGAGGAGGUGUGGGACUGCCCCGGCGGCGCGGAGGUGCGGGGCCUGACGGUCGAGGGGCUGGGCCACGCGUGGCCGUCGACGCUGGGGCUGGACUUGGCCGGACGCCCGAACCAGACGGCCAACUUUAACUUUACGAGCCAGCAUUUGGUGCAGUUCUUCUCGAGGCACAAGCUGGAGUGA